AUGCCGACCUACUUUGAUACAGUAAAAAAGGUGAGUGGUCGCACCCAUUGCACAGCGCUCAGCAAGGUAGACUGACACUUUUUGGAUCCUCUCGCAGUCCUACGCCGACGUUCCCAUCACAGAGGAGGGAGUGGACACUUCGACGUUCCUGGAAGCGACGGAUGGGCUGGUCAAGCUGUUCGACCUUCUGGGCUCUUCAGCUUUCGCCAUUGUUCAGAGUGACAUGAAAGGCAAUGUCGGAGUGCGUAGUGAUAAAUGCAGCGCGAGCGGCGAGAAGACCUCACCGAUAUUGUUUAAAUUCGUCCCUUGCCACUGCGCCCACUGUAGAAAAUCAGGGAUCGUCUCCUCAGCUCGCCUGGAAACUCUCACUCGCUUCAACUCCUGGUCAAGAAUGAGGGAGCGCCAGGAGACAAGAACAGGACUGCUACUCAAGGGCUGAUGUGGCUGCUUCGGUGAGUGAGUUGUGCUGCCGCCAAGGAAGAGAGUGAGGAGCUGCUCCAGCCAAGGAAGAGAGUACGAUGUGGAUGCCCCGCAGCUCGUGCCACUCUGGCUGGAAGGCUGCAUGUACAUGUCGCGCCCGCGAUAGUCGCGCUCAACCUCCACUUCUUGACUUUUGUGCGAGAGCAGAGGACUGGACUUCACAGCUCAAGCAUUGCGUCGCUCGGUGAACAACAAGGGCGAAGAAUUGUCCGUGAGCUUUACGAAAGCGUACGAGAACAGCCUUAGGCAGCACCACAACUUUGUAGUCAAAGGGGCUUUCAGCGUGAGUCAGAGUCCAUCACAGAGUAAUGUUCUCAUGUAGAGAUUGCGCUCAAGACGGGUCAUAAAUUCCUUUCGCCUUUAGCUCGCAAUGAAGGCGUGCCCCUACAGAACCGAUUUCUACGCCAAGCUUGGCUCCCCGCCCGAGCACGUCGACCAGGAGUUAAGGCGAUGGCUAGAUGCUCUGGAACUCAUUGUCAAGCAGCUGCAAGACUUCUACGUGUGAGUCGCGCCAGAGUUGGACUGGCGGCGGUGAAUGGCCGCUGACCAGCUACGUACUUCGACGCGAACCUCUUGUGGUCUUCUUCAACUCGCAGUGCUGGCAACUAUGGCAAGGGCUUCUAA